AUGUCACGCGCACAACACCGUGUGUUUGAGCAUGUCCACACGGUACCUGAUCGGGGGCACGUCGCACCAGCGCACGCGCAUGGCAGGCCAGUGACAUAUGACAAAGUCUUGGAACGUGGUAUAGAGAUAGGGGCAUGGACUAUUCGUGUGAUGCGUGGCAGUAUUGCGAAUGCGGCCGACAUGGACGCAUUGUCCGACAAACUGGGCAUUUCGCCACCAGAAAUGCCAUUUUUACACAAUGCACUCAUACUAGAGCAUAAAAGCAGUGGGUUUUCAUACAUAUUUGAUGCAGUACGUGCGCUACAAUGUGUUCAAGGCGUACGAUCUGAUCAGCGCCGCGUCCCCAUGGACUGCGUUCGUGCCAUGUCGGAUAGCAGUCGUGAUCCAGCUGCUGCAUGUACCAUAUUGCGGCGCGCAUCAAGAAGUGGUGUCCAAGUAUCCUAUGCCAAGAAAUGGGGCGAAUCUCGACAGCGUGCCCUGUCGUCUUCUCCAUCCGCCUCCUCAUCACAGCCCCUCUCUAUGACCAAGUCGUUUGACUGGACAUACUCGACUACGUGGCCAGGCAUGCCUGGAGAAUCGAAUACCGUGAAUGUUCAUGCAUCGACCGUACCAACUACGACAGCAUGGGACACCGCAUUCCAUUUUGGCACUGAUCCUGUGCGAGACCGCAUUCCUAUCGAGCGAUUGGGGCCAUCGAGUGGUGAGCCGAUUCUGUUUUACGACGACAUUGUUCUGUUUGAAGACGAACUGGCUGAUAAUGGAACGAGCACGCUCAAUGUCAAGGUGCGCGUUAUGCCUAGUGGAUGGCUCGUUCUUCAGCGCUUCUUCUUGCGGGUAGACAAUGUGCUCUUCCGUGUAUUCGACACGCGCAUGUAUGUCUCGUUCGAUUCUCAAGAUGCAGAGCGUGAUGAAAAAACGUCGGAAUUAUUGCCUCGAGUCAUCCGCGAGUGCCGCGGCAUGGAAGCACCGUACGAUGCCGUACUCAAACGCCUUCCUAUUCAUCGAUCACAGGACUUGUCUCUCCUUACCAAUGUGGCAUGGGUCACCGAGAUACUCGAUCAGAUGGCGGUCCAGAACAGGCGCAUGGCCCCCAUGGCUCCCGCACCUGCUCAUGCACCACAUGCACCAGGCGUGCCUGCCGCCACAAUCGAGUCGCCAGACAAGGCAGUGCUCGAAAGCGAUGCAUGGGAUGGCCACGGAUACUGUGUGCAGGUAGCCGUUUUACGCCAGGCCUCGGAUUCAUAG